AAAAUUUUUUUUUUUUCUUUCUGAAGCUUGAAGGAAAUUUUAUGGGAGCUUAAAGUUAACAUAACUUUUCCUCCAAUUGUUUCCGCGAAAACUCAUAACGCGACAAACGACGCGAUAACAACCCGUCGCAAAUAUCGCAAGAAUUAUACCUAACUAAUACUUUUAUUUUUAAAAUAUGGGUUUCACUCCUCGAGGAGGUAGAGGCGGUGGCCGUGGUGGUGGCGGCGGCCGUGGUGGUUUUGGUGACAGAGGUGGUCGAGGUGGCCGUGGAGGUGGUCGAGGUGGUGGUGGUGGCCGAGGCGGUUUCGGUGACAGAGGUGGACGUGGCGGUGGUCGCGGCGCCCCGAGAGGACGAGGUGCUCCUCGCGGUGGUGGACGUGGAGGCGCUAGAGGUGGUGCAAAGGGUGGUGCCAAGGUUGUUGUUGAACCCCACCGUCACGAAGGCGUUUUCGUCUCGCGGGGCAAGGAAGACCACUUGCUCACUCGAAGCAUCGCCCCUGGUAUUGAGGUCUACGGCGAGAAGAGGGUUUCCGUUGAUACUACUACCAAGGCCGAGGAUGGUACCCCUAUCACCACCAAGGUCGAGUACCGAAUCUGGAACCCUUUCCGAAGCAAGUUGGCUGCCGGUAUUAUCGGUGGUAUCGACAAUAUCUACAUGAAGCCGGGCUCCAAGGUUCUGUACUUAGGUGCUGCCUCCGGUACCUCAGUUUCUCACGUUUCCGAUAUCGUUGGGCCUACUGGAAACGUCUACGCUGUUGAAUUCUCCCACCGAUCUGGCCGAGACUUGGUCAACAUGGCCCAGAACCGAACCAACGUCAUCCCCAUUGUUGAGGAUGCCCGACACCCCAUGAAGUACCGCAUGCUUGUGCCUAUGGUCGACUGCAUCUUCGCUGAUGUUGCUCAACCUGACCAGGCCCGUAUCGUCGCCCUGAACGCGCACAUGUUCCUGAAGAUUGGCGGUGGUGUAGUUAUUUCUAUCAAGGCAAACUGUAUUGACAGCACAGCUGCCCCAGAAGCAGUCUUUGCGCAGGAAGUACAGAAGCUAAGAGCAGAGCGCAUCAAGCCCCAGGAGCAAUUGACACUAGAACCUUAUGAGCGAGAUCACUGUAUCGUGAUUGGACAAUACCAAGAGGCGAAAUAAAUGCACCUGAUAGGCUAAGAGGAAAGCAACCUAUUUUGUGUUAUAUUACGGUCUUGAUGUAACGAUCAUAAACCACGUGGUUCGUGGGAUGGAGUUAUUCCCAUCAGGCAACGGCGACUAGGCGUUCGGAGGGUGGGUUUGUUGAUAUUUCAUCUGCAUAAGUUUCCAUAGGGAAAAGUCUAUUUGAUCAAUACCAUGCAAGCAGUUCGAUCCACAUGUUGCCUUUACAAUCUCUGGUUAUAAGGCAUAUUUUUAUAACUGGAGCAUCUCGACUACCGUGUACAUGCGCCGUAUAGUCGAAACCCAAUCUUAUCCUAGUCCACCAUAAUUCUAUGGUUUUCCGGGUUUAUACUACUAUGUACACUCCUACUAGUCCGGCAGCCAUCCCGAUUAUAAGCCGUGUUUUCGAAUAUGGCGCGGCUCACGAUCUAUUCUGAUAGGUUCCAAGUUAACGUCAACAUACCAAUCGUUGGAAGCUUAGCUUGGUCAACAUUUCGCUUGAGGAAAUAAGAGAUAUAAACAGCUUCGGGUUCAUAAAAGUUCCACAUUAUUUGAUAUCAGCGCAAGGAAUCAACAAAUGUAGCUAAACUAACUAAUACCCAUCCUACUUUAAAAACCGCCGAACCUAUACUAUCACGCCUUACGGGGAUAUAUACUGCCUUGUAAGAUGUGUAUUACUUUAUCUAGUUAAAUCAAGC